ACUCUCCUCAUAAAAAUGGAUAUCAUUAACAAGAAAGGAGCAAUAUUGUACUUUUUCAUUGCAAUUACUCUUCUAAUAUGUUGUUCCAGUGCAAGUGAGGUGCCUCAAGCUCGGGUGGGAGACCAUGAUCAAAUGGUUGAGCCUGAUGGUUUUAUAAAUAUUCAGACUGCUUUGCAACGUAUUAGAGAUCUAAACAAAAAAAUGCCACCAAAUUUAUUAGCAAAAGUAAAGAGUAUCGGCGAGAAAGUAUCUGGAGGAUUAGAGGCUAUAACUACUAUAUGUUUGAAGCAAGCAGAAUGCGAACCCCCUCGUACAUAUCUUAAGUCGCAAUGUCAGUUGAGGUGUUUAUAUGAGUGGGCUACUACCCGCACCACAAAGUAUAAAGGCUGUAAAAAGUAUUGUAGAGGGUGAUUUAAUUACUCCACCGAUGAAGUGCUAUAUCUAAUAGGAUUUUAUCCUAGUUAGCUUAAAAUUAAAGGAAUUAGCAGCCUAUCGUCCACCAAUAUAUAGAUUCCCUAAUUUCUGUAUAUAUUGUAAGCACCGGGCAUUUACCUGAGUGUACAUGCUGUCACGGUAUCUCUUUUCCUUGUAUUGUACGUUCCAAUUCUGCUUAUAAUAAAGAACCGCUCAAGGUUUUAUGUCUUA